AUGUCCACCACAAAAGUAACCACCUCCCUCCCCUCCUCCAUGACAGCCGUCCAAGUCGUCGAAUUCCACAAACCCUGGAAAAUCAACACUGUCCCCACCCCCAACGAACUCGGCGAUUACGAUAUCCUCGUCAAGACCGCCGUGGCGUCUCUCUGCCACACAGACAGCAUGGUGUUGGACGGGGUGUUCCCAAAUGCCAAGUUGCCACAGACGGGGUCUCAUGAGGGGACUGGAACGGUGGUGGAGGUUGGUAAGAAGGUUGAGAAUUUUAAGAAGGGGGAUAGAGUUAUGAGCGGGAUUCCGAGGGAGCAGUGUGGGAGUUGUAGGGAUUGUAAAGGACCGAACGAUUGGCAUCAGUAUUGCGCGAAUGCCAAGGGUAUGAUCGGUGUUUUUGGAGCGGACGGCGCCUUCGCAGACUACCACGUCUCAGACUCCCGCACGAGCUGUCUAGUACCGGACUCCGUAUCAUUAACCGACGCAGCGCCUCUAGCCUGUGCAGGUGUAACCAUCUACCGCGCCAUCAUCGUCUCCGAAGCCAAGAAAGGAGACUGGCUCGCCAUGGUCGGUGCUGGUGGUGGUCUCGGCCACCUCGGAAUCCAAAUGGCAAAAGCUCAAGGAAUCAAGGUAAUAGCAAUUGAUGCCAGAGACGAAGCUCUUGAAUUAUGCAAGAAGGCGGGAGCGGAACACGUCUUCGAUGCAAGAAAAGGCAAGGAUGAGGUCGUCAAGCAGAUUCAGGAAUUGACGGGUGGUGAUGGCGCUGAUGCGACUAUCAAUUUAUCUGAGCAUGAGACGGCGGCACCGUUGGCUUGUGCGGUGACGAAAAUGCAUGGGAAUAUGAUUCAGAUAUCUCAGCCGGCGAUUGUGAGUAUUCCGUUUGCAGAGUUGGUCUUUAGAGACGUGAGAGUCAAGGGAUCUUUGGUUGCUGGUCAGGAUCAGAGUCAGGCUAUGUUGGAUUUGGUAGGGAAGGCAGGCAUCAAGGUUGAGACGAACAUUUUCAAUGGGCUGAAUGAAGUUCCAAAAAUGAUUGACUUGGCACAUUCGGGCAAGAUGAAGGGCAAGGCUGUCUGUGCGGUUGAUAAGAGUCAGGUCUAA